AGGUCGAUCGUACGGUCCCUGACCGCAAAUCGUCCCCGCAAAUACGUUCAAGGUAUCACGUGCAACUGUGUUUCCCUUUCCUUUUUUCCGGCAAAAUUCCUAGUCGUGCUUUGCUCGAGUGUCGUAAACAGUGUAGAUUCAAUUUAUCGAUCAUUUGUGUAACACGUUAUAAUGUAGUGUCUCAUGGCAAAGCUGAUUUUCUUCGGUUUAUCCUUAUUCGCGGGAUCUGUCGAGGAUCUCGUCGAGAAUUUGACGCUAUAUUUUUACGUUGCAUGCGGUAUCACCGCCGGCGCGCUUAUCUUACUUUUCGCUUUGGUAGCCGUGCUAUUCGUGAAAGUAAAUCGAUUAGCCGAGGACGGGUCCAACCAACUAAACAGGCAGGCGAAUAUGAUGGCGGACUUUUGUUACACCAAUCCCACGAUCGUGCCUGGGGAAUUGCUCUCUCGUCGUGGCUUCUCGAUGUACAGCGGGACCGACUUCGACGAGGAUUUCGGCAAGAGCAAGAACGUUCCUUACGGGACGUAUCAUGAGGCCCGAUCGAAAUUCUGAUCGAAAUUCGAAUCUGAAAUGAUCGAUCUCCUGUUAUUGGUGCGGUUUAUGCUCGGACCAAUUCAUCGAUUAUUAAAUCAAUACUUAGAAAUUAAGUAAUUUAAGAUAUUAAUCUAAGUUUCUAAGUUAUUAGCUAGAUCCAAUUAUCGAUAGUAUUGUUUGCUUCUUAAUGUAUAUUUUUCUAUGUAACUUAUUGCGUAAUUGCGCACACGGGCCGUGUUCCGAUAUGCAUUGCUAAUACUGCAAAUCCACAGUGUAUGUGAAAUAUAAAUUUUCAGUUUUGGUAGUGUAUAUCGGAACACGGCCACGAUUCAGCGUCCUUAUAGUUCAAUUUUUCUUGUUGACUUUACGCAACUGCGACAAUAGCUUAAAUAUUGAGAAUUUCCUUUUUUUUUCUGCGGCGUGAAAUACCGUUCAAAAUCGAUAGAGUUUAAUUGACGUUAUAAUAUAUAAUUAAUAAUUGGAUAAAUCACGCAGAGUGCCAUUUUAUCGAAGAUAAUUUUCAAUUGCGUUAACUUCCAUUUAAUUAAUCAUGACAUUAUCGAAAUAAAAAUUAAUAGCCAUCUUGAAGAACAACAAAAACGUUAAGAUGGCAUGUAAAUGAGAUAUUUAUCUAUCAUGUAUUAUUAUUAUUAUACGUAUGAUUGCCAUCACUGUCUGUUUUAUCGGCCUCUCAAUUCGUCGAUAAUGCUGAAAGUUUAUUAGAGAACGUGCAGAUGUCUCCGCAUGCAUUUCACGUCGCAGAGAAGAAAUUCACGGUGCUCCGAAAUGGUCGCACACUUCUUUUCGCAAGACUGGAAAAAACUCGAGGUGCCUAAUUCCUUAUGCAUUUAAGACGCACAAUAUUUUUCGAUAAACAAGGAGAGGGUAUGUAAUGCUAAAUCUUAUGAAAUAUACUAGUCGACUCAAUAUUUUUUUGACAGAUCCAUAAUUAUCUGUGAGGAUCUAGCCGAUGUAUAGAUCAUGAUGUGGUAUAAUUGAAAUAAUAUGCAGUACCAAAGAUAACCAUACUUAAAUUAAUAAACUACGUAGACUGGAAAAUAAUUAAUUAUUUGUAACACAUAAAUGAAAUUAACAUUUCAGCAGAGAAUUUGAGCUUAUUUAUUUAUAUUUACUAAAUGCAUAACAAAGAAAUAUAUAAUACUUCUGAAUAAAUGAAGUUUAUAUCUAAACAAAUUAAAUUAUAAAAUUACAAAUAAAAAUACAAGAGAUUUUUUUCAUUUACGAAAUGGUUUUAUAACACGCAAGCAUGUAGUAUAAUUGAUUAUUUUCCAGUACACAUGUCGAAUACAUUCUUUUGUAUUAUGUAUCAUUUAUUAAUGUGUUAUUAAUUUAAAUAUAUAUCUUGUCAUAUAA